AUGGUCAGCACGAGGCGGAGAUCGUACUCGUCAGAGGACAGCGACGAAGGCGAUGCGAACCAGACUGCCGAGAUCCGCGAAGUCAUGGGCUUACCCAGGCAGACAAGAGCCGAUCCGAGCGUCAUCAGACAGUUCUGGGCCAGAUGGACUGCCUGGCUCUACUUUUACACUUUUGCCAAACCGGGCGAGACGCUUGCGCACAGUCUGUCACUCGGCGCUUUUCGAGGCUGGCUCGCGCUGUCUGAGUCUUGGGAUGAAGAGACCGGUCAAGGUCAAUGCGAGUUGGGUCAUCUGGCCAUUGCACCCGUAGGGCAAGGAGGGAUACUAGCGGGAGAGGAAGCGAUAGAGUGUCAGCUGCACGCUUACUUGCAGAUCGGGAAACGAUACUAUCUUAUGCAUCAAGACGGCACUCAGAGAAAUUUCACAGUCUACUUCAGGCAGAAUCCGACGGGCUCUUGCUCCUUCUGCGAGACACUCAGCUGUGUCAAGGUCAUCUCUUGA